CUCUCUCUAGUCUCUCACCACACUCUCUUCUCCCACCAGCUCACAGGUUCACUUCAUAUAACUUGUGAUAGGGAAGGCUUGGCUCUGCGCAGGCUGAAUUAGUGUGAAGGUAUUUUGCUGAUUGCACGGAAAGGGAGCGCUACAGCAACCAAUAGCGUGUUGUCUUGCGUUUUUUUAAUCAUCCCACCCACCUCAGAAAUCUGGUGGAAAUAUUUCCCGGAGCUUUUCCCGGUGAGCAACUGAACAACGUAUGUCUUUAAGAGCAUCAACGGGGGAGUGUCUCCAUUAUUUCAUCACUGCCAAGGCUGUCUCGGGGCUAGAGCACACAAACCACUGGAACUAAACCUUUGGGAGGCGACGAACAAUUGGAGCUAUUUUCAACAAACCACGGAUAUAGCGCAACUUGGAUAAGCCUCGUGUUUUGCGUUAAGAUGGAUUCGCGGAAUGCGUCCUGGCUGUAUGCAUUCAGUGUAACGGUGCUGGCGGCUUUAGGCUCUGCGCUGGCAGCGAACAAUUAUCACUGCAACGGGCCGCUGGUGUCUGCCUUGCCGCCGACGUCGUUUGAGGGUUCGUCUACUUCCUCCGGGAGCCAGUCCUCCUACAUCGCCAAACUCAACAGAAGAGACGGAGGAGGUGGCUGGUCUCCGCGGGCCACAGACGGCCAGCCCUGGCUGCAGGUGGACCUGCGGGAGCGUGUGGAGGUGACCGCGGUGGCCACUCAGGGUCGCUAUGGCAGCUCCGACUGGGUGACCGGCUACACGCUGCUCUUCAGCGACACGGCGCGCGCCUGGAAGCAGUACCGACAGGAGGACAACGUUGCGACAUUUCCCGGGAACACCGAUGCAGAUGGGGUGGUCCAUCACAAGCUCAGCCAUCCAAUCAGGACUCGCUUCCUGCGCUUCAUCCCGCUGGAUUGGAGCCCUGCGGGAUGGGUGGGACUUCGGGUGGAGGUGUACGGCUGUGCAUACAAAUCAGAUGUGGCGGACUUUGAUGGGCGCAGCUCUCUGCUCUACCGGUUUAAUCAGAAGUCCAUGAGCACGGUGAAGGAUGUGAUCUCACUCAAGUUCAAGAGCCAGAGAGCUGAUGGCGUGCUGGUCCACGGGGAGGGACAGCGAGGAGACUUCAUCACCCUGGAGCUGCACAAGGGCACGCUGGCCCUGCACCUCAACCUGGAUGAUGCAAAGCUCCAUCCCAGCAGCGGUCACGUCUCCAUGACGGUGGGGAGUCUCCUGGACGACCAGCAGUGGCACUCUGUCCUGAUAGAGCGUUUCAACAAGCAGAUCAACAUCACAGUGGACCGUCAGACCCGUCACGUCCGCAGCAGAGGGGUGGCCGACUCCCUGGAGGUGGACUAUGAGCUCAGCUUUGGAGGAAUCCCCCUGCCUGGCAAACCAGGAACUUUCCUGAGGAAGAAUUUCCACGGCUGCAUCGAGAACCUCUAUUACAACGCCGUCAACAUCAUUGACCUGGCGAAGCGACGCAAGCCCCAGAUCUACAGCGUGGGCAACGUGACCUUUGUGUGCUCGGAGUCACAGCUGGUGUCCAGCACCUUCCUGAGCGCGAGCGGCAGCUUCCUGCAGCUCCCUCUGGAGCCGCUGAUGGACGGCCUGUCCGUGCGCUUCCAGUUUCGCACCUGGAACCGCGAGGCCCUGCUGCUGUCGGCCCGGCUGGCGCGUGCGCCUGAGCGCCUGGUGCUGCUGCUCACCGCCGGCCAGCUCCGCCUCACACACCACCGCUCACCCCUGCAGAGGUCUGACAUCGCCAUCGGUCAAAGUCUGAGCGAUGGCCAAUGGCACACCAUCAGUAUCAGCAUGCGAGGACUUCAGGUGUCGCUAACGUUGGACAGCGACCCCGCGUCCACCAUGGAGCUUCGAGACCCAGCGGAGCCGGGGGACAGCAUCUUAUUCGGAGGCUGUCCACCUACUCUCACCAGGGAGAACUGCAGGAAUCCAACCAUGGCCUUUCAAGGCUGUUUGCGAUCAAUUACCAUCAACAACCAGCCAAUGAACAUGCUCCACGUUCAGCAAGGCCUCGUGGGUAAUUACAGCCAGCUUCAGUUUGACUUCUGUGGAAUCCGUGACAGGUGUCUGCCUAACUUCUGUGAGCACGAAGGACAGUGCUCACAGUCUUGGAGCACCUUCUACUGUGACUGCUCCGGAACCGGAUACACUGGAGCAACAUGCCACAACUCGAUCUUUGAGCCGUCCUGUGAUGCGCACCGGCAAACAGGCAGUGCUUCAGGCUACUUCUCCAUCGAUCCGGACGGCAGCGGCCCCCUCAAGUCCACCCUGGUCUACUGCAACAUGACCGAGGACAGAGUGUGGACGGUGGUGGGUCACAACAAUAGCCGGGCGGUGAGCGUGCACGGCUCCACCCUGCAGCGUCCGCACGUGGCACGCCUUGACUACAGCGCCUCCGCCGAGCAGCUGCGCGUCUUGGUGGGUCGCUCCGAGCACUGCCAACAGGAAGUGGCCUACCGCUGCAGGAAGUCCCGCCUCUUCAACACCUGGGACGGGACCCCGCUGGCGUGGUGGUUGGACCGGGCCGGGGAGAAGCGCACGUACUGGGGAGGCUUCCUGCCGGGGGUGCAGCAGUGCUCCUGCAGCCUGGAGGAGAACUGCAUCGACAUGAACUUCUUCUGCAACUGUGACGCCGACAGACAGUCAUGGGAGAAUGACACAGGGACAUUAUCUUACAAAGACCAUUUACCGAUGACAGAGAUCGUGGUUGGCGACACGAACAGGACAGGCUCAGAAGCCAUCUACAUGGUCGGCUCACUGCAGUGUUAUGGUGACAGGUUUCUCUGGAAUGCUGCCUCCUUCUACCAGGAGUCGUCCUACCUGCACUUCCCCACCUAUCAGGCCGAGCUCAGCGCUGACGUGGCGUUCUACUUCAAGACCACGGCUCAUUCCGGCGUGUUCCUGGAGAACCUGGGUUCUCGAGACUUCAUCCGGCUGGAGCUGAGCACCCCCACUGCGGUGACAUUCACCUUCGACGUGGGCAACGGGGCCGUGUUACUGACGGUGAAGUCCCCCCUGCCGCUCAACGACAAGCAGUGGCACUACGUGCGGGCCGAGCGCAACACCAAGGAGGCCUCACUUCAGGUGGACCAGCUGCCCCUGCGCUUCCUGGAGGCGCCCCCCGAGGGGCACUACCGCCUGCAGCUCAGCGGACAGCUGUUUGUGGGCGGCACAGCAUCCAGGCAGAGGGGUUUCCUGGGCUGCAUGCGUGCGCUGAGCAUGAACGGCAUGACCCUUGACCUGGAGGAGCGGGCAAAGAUGACUCCCGGCGUGAGCUCGGGGUGCCCGGGUCACUGCAGCAGCCACAACAACCUGUGCCACAACCGGGGCAGGUGCAUCGAGAAGAGCAACGGCUACGAGUGUGACUGCACACACUCGGCAUACGAAGGACCACGCUGCAGAACAGAAGUUUCCAUGUCGUUCGAGAGCGGCUCAUCUGUGACCUACACAUUCCAGGAGCCGUUUUCCGUAGUGCGCAACAAGAGCCGCCAGUCAUCGGCCAUCUUUGCCCAGAGCAGCAAGUCGCGGGAGAACGUGGCCUUCGGUUUCCUCACCACCCAGGCCCCCAUGCUUCUCACCAUCAGCACCUCCCACCAGCAGUACAUGGCCGCCAUCUUGGCUCAAAAUGGGAGCCUGCAGAUCUGGUACCGGCUCAGCCUCGACAAGAAGCCGGACGUGUUCACACCACAGCCCGACAGUCUGGCCGAUGGUCAGCUGCACAGAGUCCAGAUCCAUAGGGAGGGAAAGGACAUAUAUGUCAAGAUUGACAGGGACAUCAACCAGAAAUACAGCUUAUCGUCUGACAAAGAGCUGAACACAAUACGAUCCCUAACACUGGGGAAAGUUACAGGGCGUGUGGGCAUGGACGAGGAAGUGCUACAGGCAGGAUCCAGAGGUUUCAUUGGCUGUUUGUCAUCGGUCCAGUUUAAUCACUUGGCUCCUUUAAAAGCUGCAAUACUGAAUCGAGGCAGCUCAUUGGUCAGUGUCCUGGGCAACCCGGCGGAGUCAAACUGUGGGAUAUUGGCCGAUAAGACAUCGUCACGCUCACAAGCAGAUCACUCAGAGGAAGACGACAACGAGAAGGAGAGGCUCAAAAACGCAGAGCAGAGUGACUCAGCAGUAAUUGGAGGUCUGAUUGCCGCUGUGGUUCUGGUUACCCUGUGUAUGGUGGCAGUGAUGACCCGCUUCCUGUACCGGUACCGGCACGAGCAGGCCCAGCCCACGGCUCCGGUGAAGGAGAAGGAGCAGCAGCCGCACGUGCUGCCGCCGCGCCUGGACCACAGUUGCCGUGGCGACCUGGACUUCCACAGCGCCGUCAGUGUCCGCGACACCAGGAAGGAGUACUUCAUAUGACCCCACCCCACCCCGUCCUCAACCGGCCCUGCCCCCAGCUGCAGGCUGCUGGGUGCUCCCCCACCUACUGCCCCCUUCUAUCCCCAGAGAGAGGAGCCUUCUCGGGGGAGAAGAGAGAGGACUACGCCUGAGUGUAGCCUUGCAAAUGCUACUUCCAGUGCUGCACCCUUCCCCACGCCACCCCCCUGCUCCCCUCGCACCCCCUCGAGAAUCGUGAUCAAGGGCCUCCUCUCCUGGACUGUUGUGUCGUCGUAGGGUAGCAAACGCUGUAGGAUUAUACGCACCAGUGUGUGUGUGGGGGGGGAUGCUGUGAAGGCUUUGGAGUCUGUGUCCAGUCUUUUCACGGAGAUCUCCCCUGUACCGGUGCUUCAGUGACAGGCUGUGUAUGCUUGAUGCAAUCUGAACCCAUAUCUGCAGGCCUAAAGGUUUCCAUGACAUUGAAACAAACAGAUGCUUAGGAAGUGUAAUGAACAAACACAUUACAACAAGACUGUGAGUGCUGUAGGGAAAACUGAGCCCAGAGGGAACGCUAAUAGCGGGGGCGGUGGGGCGGGGAGGGUGCGGGGGGGGUGACUAUGCUCGGCACUGCGUCAGCAAGAGCGUAGGCCGGGCCAAGAGGGCGGUGAAGGCCUGAAACGGUAGACUCAUCAGUAAAACAUCAUCACUGGACUCAUAGAGAUUCUGGCCAGCCCGCCUCAGACCACUGCUCAUCCAGAUGGCGCUGGCCAGUCCCAGCGGUGGGCACGCGUUUUUUUCGGAGCGAGCGUGCCAACUGGUGAGAGCGAACCGAACGGAGCCAUAUUUGGCUCCCCCUCUCCCCCUGUCCCUCCCUCCCUCCCCUC